GCUCUUCUGCUUCUCUCCUCAUCGCUGGAUAUUAUUGGCCGUGUCUUUUUUUGGAUUACCUUCGCUCUUUCCAUUUUCUGUUUCUGUUCUUCGAUUUUUCUCCUUUCCGAACUGCCCGCCCUUGCCCGCGCUCUGCCCUGCGCAGUUAACAACCUCCAUGACUCUCCCAUUAUCUUGCUCUCCAACGACCGUUUGAUUGGUCUUAAAAAAGAGAAGAUAUAACACGCUGAAUAACGCGCCGGCUAUAAUACCAUCUUCUUCAUCGUAUCCUGCCUUAACUGUUUCGUGUGCGCGUGUGGUACAGGGACCUUGGGUAUCUGGGCAAAUAUGCGACCGCCUCGCUUGAUAUUUCUCCUUUUCUGUCUCAUCUUCUUGCCCAUAUUUUAUACGUUCAUUUCCGCUCUUUUUUCUUCGCCUCGUGUGACCAACCCUAGUGCGCUCGCUGGUCGAUCGUCGGGGUUGCACGCUUUCUUCUCGUUCAAUCUCCCCUCUUCGCUUUUUCCUCCGUCCGCUAUCAUCAGUCUUACCGAUGACAACUCGACCUUCUUCCUGGCCAGACCUGCAGCGUUUGGCCCUUCGCUCCCGAAGGUGAGUCUCAGUGGCCAACUGUGGGUUGGCAGUGGGUUCGGGCAGGGAGGCUUAGUAGCCGGGGUGGAGGGGGAACUAGGAUGCUCCGAUAUUCCUGGAUGGGGAGAGGGUGAAAGCCAAUACAAGCAUGGCAAGCCCACUUUGAGCGGAGAGAAACCGUACGGAAACUCAGGCUCGGGUCCCGGAAGUGGCGCCAGUCUUCCCCAAAACCGCCGGCUGUCAGAUUCCAAACAAGAGUACGACUCGCAGGAGACUGGAGAUGACGACGUUUCCCCCCCGCCAACGAACGAUGGAACAGACGACCACCUUCACCACCCUCUUCGCGAGUCCAGCAUGGUGGAUGUUGGUACCGAAAGGUCCAUGGAAUCAUCUCGAUCCACAACACAUGCAGAUGUCCAGUCCUUGCAGGAAAGUGCGGAAAUCGCAGGAAAAGUUGUCUUGCUGAGCAGGGGUGGUUGCGGUUUCUUGGAAAAGGUAAAGUGGGCUCAACGACGGGGAGGUGUUGCUGUGAUUGUUGGAGAUGAUACCAGGGGUGGCAGCCUGGUUACAAUGUAUGCGCGUGGUGACACAUCCAAUGUGACCAUUCCUGCCCUGUUCACUUCUCAUACGACUGCCCACCUUUUGUCCUCCCUCAUUCCUCCGCAGUACGCGAACCAAGCCAACCGGGCAAAGGAAUCGAAGGCUUCCCGCACCAGGCCCUCCACCCACAGCACUUCGAGUACGCAAGUUGCAGAUUCCAUGACGACCCCAUCUUCCUAUCCGACUCCAUCGUCGAUUGGCCCCUCUGCGGCUGCGCCAUCUACUGUUUCACAGAAGCCCAAAUCCGGGCUUUUCCACGGCAUUCUAUCUUUGGUUGGCCUGGGCAGUAGCAAGGGUCAUUCAACCGAGGACAGUCGGCGUCCACCUAGCAGUGGAAACAUUGACUGGGUUGUGAUGGAUUCUUGGGACCAGCUGGAUCCAUCUGAUGACUACGGUGGAAAUGAGCGGACCAAAUCGAAGGAUUGGGGCUCUUCAAACUACGCUGAUGGUGAUGGGUUUGUAAUUGGAGUCCAUGACUGGCGUGAUCCAGACCAAGCGCCUGCAAGGCAUCUCCUUGAUCCAAGCACGGCCGCCGGGAAAGAGACGACAAGAACCAAGGCAUCAGCAACUACUUCCACUGGUCUUAACGGUGGCCGUGCGACUCCUGGAAGUGGAGAGUACUUUAGUUCCGAGAAAAAUGGUCAUAGCAAGGACUGGAGUGCUGAAAGAUCCGGCUAUCGGAGCGAUGCAGCGGAUGCUAAACCUGGGUCAGGGGCACCCACCAAGGGAUGGUUUUCGCGCCAUUUUGGCCAGACAGGUGCCAGUGAGGGCGACUCGGAUUCAUCUCUCAACCGACAUGAUCUCUUUUCUCGCAGCAGGGAUUCCCACGGUGCGAAUUCAGAAGACCACGAGGGUCUGUGGGUCACUUUAACGCCAACGAGCAUGUCGACAAGCCCGUUUUUCGAUACCCUCCUUGUUCUAGUUGUCAGUCCGUUGCUUACUCUAUCGGUCGUUUACGCGCUGCUGUUGAUUCGAUCCCGCAUUCGACGGCGACGUUGGCGAGCCCCCAAGUCCAUCGUGGAUCGUCUUCCCGUUAGAACGUACCACACAAUCUCAACGCCGCCCUCUGUCUCAAGCUCACCUCGGCCAUCGAGUCGCAAUAUCGAUUCAGCGGCCGCUCCGCUACUGUCGCCCGAACUCCGUUCUGAAAGUCCACCUCCUAGGCCGCGGUCUGGACCGGAAAAGCCACGUUCGAGUCCUUCCCGUCUAUGGCGGCGUAAGUACACGGGACGGCAGGUGGAAUGCGUUGUUUGUCUUGAAGAGUAUAUAGAUGGACAAAGCAGAGUAAUGAGUCUUCCUUGCGGGCAUGAAUUCCAUGCUGAGUGCAUCACACCAUGGCUCACAACACGUCGGCGGACCUGUCCAAUUUGUAAAGGCGAUGUUGUCCGGUCGAUGUCUCAGUCUAAUGCCAGCGACGAGUCUCAUGAACUUGACGAUGCUGACCAUGCAGAGGCACAGUCUGCGUCCGCCCCAGUGGUCAUCUCGAAUGCCAGCGAAGAUGAGAUGUCCGACACUGAGCGUCGUGUGGGCAACGAGACAGGUCUUCUGCGAGAACACUCGUCUGCUCCAGCCUCGGGAUGGCGGAACUUUGCAUCUCUAAGCUUGUCCGCCCUCAAUGGUGAUCCAGCCUGGCACCGGGCUCGACCUGACCGAAACCGAUAAAAAUUAUUUCACUCAUUGCACCACUUUCGUUACUCCUCCCUUUUUCCUUUUCUUUAAUUCCUCCUUUCCUUUCACUUUUUCUUUUUGUAACGUACUACAUUAGCGUUUGGUUUGAUAUUUUGUGUGCGGCGUUAGAUGGUAUAUCCGGAGUAUGGGCGAAGUCCCAAGACAAUUAUGAAGCGCGGCUGGAAAUACCGCGAAUUUGUCCACAAAAAUGCUAAGGUCUCCAUCGUGCA